GAAGACAACAUCAAACGUGUUUGUGAAGAGAAAGUUGACAAGGAAGAAGAUAAUGCCGAAGAUAUCCAUGGAAUUUGUUUGAUGGAGGCAACUUUUAUGUUCUUUAUUUGUGCUAUUGGAUGA